AUGGAGAGCGUUGAAAAUCAAAUGUUGCUACAAGUUGAUACAUUUGAAAAGAUACAAAAGACGUACGCUAAUUACAAAAAAUCGCCUAAGGACAGGAUAACCGUAGGUUAUAUACAGAUUAGAAUGGAAACUUUAGAAACAUAUUGGAAGGAAUUUAAGUCCGGUCAUGAGAAAUUAGUUAUGGCUGUUUCUAAAAAGGAUAGACACAUGUUACCAUAUUUUGCGGAAGAUAUAUUCGAUAAAUUUGAAGAAUUAUAUUUUACGUACAAGGGCGAAAUGAAAACUUCAUUAAAUAAAUUAAUGGUCGAUAUGAAAAAACCAGACGAUCUGCACAAAAUAGAUGACAUGAGACCAUGUGGUUCCGGGAGUGAUAUAAAAUUACCCAGUAUUUCGAUUCCAAUUUUUGAAGGCAACUACACGGAAUGGCAAUCGUUUCACGAUCUCUUUAUGGCAUUAAUACACAAGAAUGAGUCAUUAGAAGAUGUUCAGAAACUACAUUAUCUUAAGAGCAGCUUGAAAGGAGAUGCAGAAAUUUUGUUGCGCCAGUUUUCUACUACGGAUGCAAAUUAUGCUGAGGCUUGGUCCAUUUUGAAAAAGCGUUAUAACAACAAAAGGUACAUUGCUAAUUGCGUAUUUAAAAAGUUUUUUUUCCAAAAAACACUAGCUCAGGAGUCAGCUUCGUCCUUAAGGCAACUGCUCGAUACGUCAAUUGAAUGUAUGAAUUCAUUAAAAAAUCUUGGCUUACCAAUAGCGCAAUGGGAUGCAAUCAUAAACUAUGUCAUCGUGUCAAAGCUGGAUCCUGAAACACAUAAACAGUGGGAAAUUACAAUAAGUAGAGAUAGUACUGAUGACUUACCUGGUUUUGAAGUACUGAAGGCCUUCCUGGAAACACGUUUUCGCAUGUUGGAGAUGGUGGAACCUGAAAAUAAAGCUUACAAACUAGUUAAACCUAAGACAUUUCAUGCGAUUUCCACUAGCGAAAAUAAAUAUUGCCCCUUCUGCAAAGAAACUCAUUUUAUAUUUAAUUGCAAGGAAUUCGCUAAACAACCAAUAGAAGAGAGAUACAGUUUCGUCCAGAAAAACAACUUGUGUUUCAAUUGUUUAAUUCCAAAUCAUUCCGUAUUUAAAUGCAGGCAGUCAAAUACGUGUAAAAUAUGCAACAGACGACAUCACUCUUUAUUACAUCGAGAUUUUAUAAAACAAGCAGGUGAAGUAAGGGCAAAUACAGAAGAAACUACAACAAAUACACAAGAAGUUAGCAAGGUUACAGCACAUAUGUCAAGUGGAGAACAACCCGCUCAACAAGUUUUGUUAGCGACAGCAUUGGUAGAGGUGCCUUCGCGAACGGGACAAUUGCACGUCUUUCGGGCUCUGAUUGAUCAGGGCUCGGAGGCCUCAUUCGUGACAGCGCGAGUGGUCGAGUUAUCAGGUCUGAAGAGGACUCAAAUCAGCGGCGUGGUGUCAGGAAUUGGUGAAGGUAAUAAAGUUUAUAUUAAUCAUUUAGUAGGAUUACAUAUUAAGUCGAGGCAUGAAAGUGAUUUUUCUAUUGAUGUUAAUGCUUAUGUUAUGAAAUCGUUGACUCGUCGACUACCUGCUAGGGAAAUAAGAGGGUACGAUUGGCCUCAACUUAAAAAUGUGAAGUUAGCUGAUCCCAGCUUUAACGUCCCGGGUCGGAUUGAUAUCCUACUCGGAGCUGACGUUUUUGGGAAAAUUAUAGAUUUAGGUCUGCUAAAGGGACCGGGCGAUGUAAUCGCUCAACGCACACACCUAGGCUGGAUAUUGACAGGUGAUAUAUACACAACUCCUACUAAAGCACAAAAAAUUAUUAGCUUACAUGUCACCAGGCUCGUAGAUGAAGACAACAAUCUAUUGAAAAAAUUCUGGGAAAUAGAAUCGGAAAAAUACACGAGUAAGAAAGCAUGGACAAAGGAAGAAGAAAGAUGUGAAAGACACUACAUAGAUACAACGACAAGGGAUACAUCGGGAAGGUAUGUAGUCCAUUUACCUUUAAAGCAUAGUAUUAAGGAAACAGUGAAGGCAUGCGGCGAGACUAAAUACCUGGCCAUCAAACGAUUUAAACAGUUGGAAAGGAUGUUUAUCAAGCAUGAAGAUUUGAGAACAGAGUAUAGGAAUGUGAUACAUGAGUACUUAAAGAUGGGUCAUAUGAAGAAAGCUGAAAAAGGAGAGGAAGAUGAAGCAAUUUACUUACCUCAUCAUGCUGUCGUAAGAAAGGAUAAAGACACUACAAAGGUAAGAGUUGUUUUCGACGCUUCAGCCAAGGGUUCCAAUGGCCUCUCCUUAAACGACGCCAUGAUGAUUGGCCCCACUUUACAACCUGAUCUUCGUGCUCUUAUCACUCGCUGGAGGUCUCACAAAAUAUGUGUUGUCGGCGAUAUAAUCAAAAUGUAUCGUCAAGUAAGGAUGACUAGCAAACACACAAAUUUACAACGUAUUGUUUGGCGAGAUGAUAUUUCUGGAAACAUAGAAAGUUAUAAAUUACUUACCGUAACGUUUGGAACCGCUGCAGCACCAUACCUUGCUGUACGGUCUAUACACCAGCUGGCUGAUGAUGAAGGUGACAGGUACCCUCGAGGAUCUGCUGUCGUUAAGAAUUCGUUCUACAUGGACGAUUUAAUGACCGGGCAUGAAGAUCUGUCGGAAAUAAAACAAAUUUGCGAUGAAGUUAAGAAUCUGUUAAAAAAAGGUGGCUUUCAAAUGCAGAAGUGGUCUAGCAAUUCUGAUGAGUUGCUGCGGUUUCUUCAAGAUGACAAAGACAUUUCGGAAACUAUGGACAGCAUAGAAAUAAAAUUAGAUACGGUGAUAAAAAUACUUGGUCUUACAUGGGACAGAAAAAGGGAUACGUUCAAGGUUACAGUCAACUUACCGGAAACCAGGAAACCUGUAACAAAACGGUUAAUAUUAUCAGAUGUGGCCAGGCUUUUUGAUCCAUUUGGCUGGCUCUCUCCAGUGAUUAUCACUGCUAAGAUUAUGAUACAGAGACUGUGGUUAAGUAAUCUUGGCUGGGAUGAUGAACUACCUUCUGAGCUAGUAGAGGAAUGGCUUAGUUACAGAGAGGCACUUCAAGAGCUGCAAGGCAUUGAAAUCCCACGCUGGAUUAAAACGACGUCACGUUGUAAAGAAGUGCAAUUGCAUGGAUUCGCAGAUGCUUCUUCCGUUGCGUACGCAGCAGUGGUCUAUAUCAAGGUUUUAGAUGAAGAUGAUAGGGUCCACGUCACAAUGGUGGCAUCCAAAACCAAGGUGGCACCAUUGAAACAAUUGACGAUUCCUAAAUUAGAACUUUGCGCUGCGGUGUUAUUGGCUAUGCUAUUGCACGAGUUAUCUGGCCUAUGUGAUAUACAUAUGGAUCAAAUAUAUGCCUGGACUGAUUCAAUGGUGGUUCUGUCUUGGUUACAGUCUCAACCAAGUCGAUGGCAAGUGUUUGUUGGCAAUAGAGUGUCGGACAUAAUUCAGUUGAUAGACAAUGAGAGGUGGUAUCAUGUUCAAUCAACCGACAAUCCCGCUGACCUCGCGUCUAGAGGGUUGGCGCCAAUUGAAAUGGCAAACAAUGACAUGUGGUGGACUGGACCAGAGUGGUUAAAAAAUAAAGGAAUGGAUUUACCAAAGCAUUAUAUACCUCAAACAUAUUUAGAGAUAAAAAGAUCGUUUAAUGUAGUUUUAAAGGAAAAACCAGUUUGGGAAAGAUUUUCAUCUAUGUUACGAAUGAAAAGAGUUCUUGCAUGGUGUUUACAAUUUCUACAUAAUAAAAAUAAAAAUGAAAAUAUUUAA